ACCUGGGGGAGUGCUGACUUUUUGAUUCCCCUGCCUCAGUUAGAUAUGGUGCUGGGUUUUAUUGGGAUUAACUUUACAACAAUCAUCUGGAUCGGGAAAAAUUGAUUUGUAUUGGAUAUUUAUUUAACAUGGAUCCUUAUAGUCCAUCACAUCCGACUGAUCAGGAUAUGGAUUUAGAGUCUAAUUCUCCUGCAACUCCGGAACAAGAUGCUAAUCAAAACCAGUUACCUCCUGACCAGUCUCUUAGCGAUGUUGUGCCAUUGCUUUUUAACUCUAAUACAUUUGACUGUGCGCAGGAUACUAAUGUUCUUCAAUCGAACCAUAACAUGGAGGGACCACACUUUGAGGUAAGCAACGAACAUAAUUCAUCAGGAGAAAGAGGGUGCGCUCCGCCUUUUUCAGUUAAGUCAGUUGAAGAAAAUGUUCCCAAAGAGACGAAGCACGACUAUCGAGCUCACACAAGACCGUCCAGUGUCCACAAACGGUCUGUCCAACCCCAUCACCGCAGGAGUAGAUCACGUUCUCCUAAAAGAGGUAAUAAGUUCGAGGAUAAAACAAGUAGGAGAUCCAGAUCUCAUUCAAGGCACCGUGUCCGCAAACACCGUUCAAGAUCUCGUUCCAACGAACGAAGACGGAGCCGAUCUAGAACACCUCCAAGACAUUCUCGAGUAGUUGAACGCCUGCCAGGUCCACGUUCUCGUUCGCGAUCCCCAGCUAAAUCAAGAAGGUCGGUUAAUGAAAAACGUGUUUCCCGGUUUUCUGAUGAACCAAAUUUUUCAUAUAAAGCGAAGGAGCGUGACUCUUUCGUUUGUGGCGGACACAAAGAUUCGGACUCGGUACGUUGGGACGUUUCAAAACAUGUGGAGGAACAGUCCGCACCUGAGGCAGUCAUAACGACUGAACCAACUAAUUCCCCUACAGAGUUGAAUGAUGCGAAGCAUGUCUCUAACGUUACUGUCGGUAUAUUCCCUCAAAAUCAACCGCGAUCCACUGUACAACCUUUGACCAGGUGGCAAAAUGCUUCUUGUAACAACUCUGCUUUUCUGCACAGGAUCCCACAAAUGAAUUAUAAUCCUAUGCGUUUUCCUCAAAAUAACUAUGGACUUAUGGGGAUUUCCACUUCAACAUUCCCAUCAGGCGUAAUACCAUAUCCCAAUGCACCAAUGCCUCCGAAUUUUAUGCAGCCACCUCCUUUGAUCGUCCCGAGAUUGAGUACAACUAUGCUUCCUGGGACUAAUUCAGUUUUUCCCGGUCAGUGCAUGCAAUCAGUGCCGAGCUUGCCUAUGGUAAUGUCGGGUCCUGGUUUCCAAACUACUGCUCUGCCUCCACCUCCUCCACCCCCACCACCGCCACCCCCUACAUUUGCGCAACAGAUGCAGGCUCCAACUUCUAAUCUCUUAGAAACCUUAAUGAGCAGGGCAGGUCUACCUUGUAAUACACUAAGCGAUUUAAAUCUAAAUAAUAAACCAAAUGACAAACCUGAUUCUGUUCGUGAGAGCUCUCCCAUGAAACAAAUCAACAAACUGUUAAGCUCAGCUGCAAGUUCUCUUUUAAACCAACUUGCAGGUAGCCAAAGAACGGAUGUAGACACUUCCUCUUCUGAUCCAUUGCCACCUCCUCCUCCACCACCGUUACCAUUCCAACAACAUAAUGAGCUGCCGCCAACCACUUCUACUCUGUCACAUUCAUUCGUACCUCCUCCACUCCCAGCAGUAAUUAAUCCGUUUUCUAACAACGAAAUCGGUGACAAAGUGUUGCCUAAUGGUGCAUGUGGAGAAACUAAAACGGAAAGUAAGAAACCUUUUGGAGACAUGAAGAUUGAGGAAGUACUAGCAAAGCGGAAAAGAUACGACUUCUCUUCACGUCGUGAGUGGCAAGAACGUAUCGCCUUGGAAGUAAAAUCAGUUUUAAAACCUGCAUACUCUCUACGACGUAUAAAUAAAGAAGAUUACAAAGAAAUCAUGAAAAGGCUGUUACUAAGGUAAGAGGUAUCAGUAAAUGUAUACUAGUUCAUUGUAGAUUUCGCGAAGUGGUACUUCUUCAAUCAAUACCGAAAAAUAAGCACAUUUGUAAAGCUGUAUAUUGAGAAGUAUCACCGUAUGCAUAAAAUAAAAGCUCAGGCAACUGCGAAGGCAACUGUACAGUGAACGUGUUAUUUUAAUUUCAUUGUAAAUUGUAUAUAAUAUAGAUUAUUUAAUAUA